UAUAGUUACAAACAAAUACCGAAGACACUUUCUUUGCUUGGUAUAUGCAGGUUAUAUUAUAAGAAUUUAUUAGUAGGUAAAAAGAUAGUAUCUUUAAAAUGGUUGAAAAGGAUCCCCAGCUCAGCGCUCUCAAUGUAGGAGAGCUAGAUUUAUUUGUCGAUAGUAUGCAACCAUCCCAAAUCGAAUGCAUCGGGAAUCAGGGAUGGGUGGAUUGGCACAUAAGAUUGCAGAAACUGAACCAGCAAGCCGUCUUAGAAGCUUCUUCAUUGCAAGAGGAGCUCACCAAAGAAACCCUUAUUUCGGCUGGGAAGCUCCCGGUUUUAGUCUACGAAGCAAUAUGCAUCCAAGUGUGGCGCACCAAGAUAUUUCCACAAAUUAUAAAAUUAGAACCCGCACCUGAGAACACUUUCGGGGUUUAUAUGGUGUUAUACCACGAGGCUGCAGCCGUUGGCUUGUUAGAAACGGUCCUCUUCCACGAGGACGGAGCGCAGUGCAUCAAUGAGGUCGUGGUGGACUUGCUCAACUAUGCUGUUGACCAGCUCACGGCACUCUUGGCUCUUAUCAAUAACGACUAUUUGAAACCAGUGACUUCCAAAGAUCUGGAAUCGGAGACAGCCAUUGAAGAGUUGGAGAGACAGAAGCGCGAUCUGCAGUUCGACAUAAGCAUGAGAUGCAUCUCAAUUGUGCGCUACAUAGCGGAGCACAUGGAGGUAGGCGGCGCGGGCGCCUCCAUCUCGACCAACUUGUACAAGACGCAUGACGUGCCCUCCUUACUGACGCAUCUGCUGAUACAUGAGCCCUGGAUGAAGAGGAACGAGGCUGGAGACCUGCAGAUGUUCAAUUUCGGUCGCUGGAGCAAGCCGUCAGCCGAGGACUUGGCUCAGAUGCACCGCACGGAGGUGCAACUGUGGCUGUGCUUGCGUCAGUUGUUGUUGGAGCCACGUCUCGCACACUACUACACUAUAGACGAGUGUCGACGCAGCGCUUUCUGCAGGUUGCAAGUCAAAAUGACAGACCUCAUGCUGGACCAGAUCCCGCCUCUAGGCGAUCUGAAGAUGUUCCUCUGCCGCCUAGCAGUUGGAGACUACUCCAGUCUUCACAACCGCACCAACGGUGUCAAGAACCCUGGGUGUACGCUCAUUGAGAUUGUGCCACAGAUAAAAGACGCUUACUUAAAGCAAGUCCACAAGAAAACAAGGACCUUAGCUAAGGCCCAACUAGAAUUAUUCCACAUGGAUGGAUCUGAAGAGUCGCGGAUUAUGGCCAAGAAACUGCUGGAGUCGUACACUAGCGAUGCAGCCCUUGCUUUGGACAGUGGUGGCGCCAAGUGUGCUAAAUGCGGCGAUAAGGCCACUAAGAAAUGUUCGAGAUGUAAAACGGAAUGGUAUUGUGGCAGGGAAUGCCAAGUUCAACAGUGGCCGAAGCACAAAGAACUCUGCGAUCAAUUUGCGAAGAUUUGUGUUUAGAAACUUGAUUUGAGUUUGUGCGUUCUGUUUGAUGAGUCUGAU